AUGCAUUUCAUUCACUCGACAAUUCUACCACAGAGUGAAAUUGAAAACUGCACAGUCUUAGAUGUAAGACAGAGGGAGGUCGAUGUUCUUCUUUAUUAUCACAGAUGCAUAAAAAUCGCAACUUUGUACAAGAAAGGAACAGAUAUUUCUUUUAAAGCACAUCAGACAAUAUAUAUUGAAACACCACUUCUGUGGGGUACUGUUAUUAACAGCCAUGGAUCGAAUAAUCACAGUAACAACUAUUUUGUCUCGAUAACUCAAGAUAAUCAGUUAAUUAUCACAGAAAUUGGAACAUCACUAAAGCAAAUAUCAAGUAUCGACCUAUUUACAUCAGUUGAUGAGAAUACAGAGAAAUUUAAGUAUUUUUCCGUUUCAAAAGAUAAAAAUUGGAUUUUAAUUGCAUCAGAAUCCGACCAUUUCUUCUUUAUUGACAUCAAGGACAUACAAAACCCACUUCUCGGCGCAAGAAAAAUCGAAAAUCUCCAAAUAAAAUCUGUAACAUCUUUAUCAUCCGACGAUUCCUUCUUAAUUCUCGCCAGAAACGACACAGAACAGAAGUUUGUCAAGUUCACAGCCAAAAAACAAGACAUUUCCAUUGAAGAUGCCGACUUAGACGUUCAAUAUUUCAUUGACACCGAAUCUCCAGGCAAAGCAUCACAUUUUAACGUCACAAACAAAGCCAUUACAAACGGAAACUCACCAAUACUUCCUCUUACAGAGCCAAUCCAAGCUUUUACUAAAGUUGUAAACGAUUGUUGCGCAGUUCAACUCAAAUCCGGCAAUUUAUACUUUCUGAGUAAUUCUCAGGCCACGUUUAUACCCGGCGCCCCCUUAAUUAAGUCAAUGUGGCUUUUGCCGAAUGAAUCCGUCAUAACAAACUUAGAUGACGGUACAUCGAUGGUUUUUACAGUCCAAAAGCCAUCUAAUGCUCGUAAGAAAGUAUCGAACUGGGCAUCUGUCCCUCAAAUCCCUUUGGAAGGAACAAUUUUGAAUAAUAAAAUUCUUCCUUUCAACGGGGAAUUGCUUGGUCUAGGUAAGAACGGAGUCACCGUCAUAAGCGACCGCGCAGACAGAGCUCAGGCAAGUCCAGCCAAAACAAUUGGAGUCAAAAAAUUGUUGCAAGUCGACAGCGGAUGCCUUGCAGUGACCGGCAGUGGUAAAACUGAAGUUGUCUAUGGCGAAGCAGAUAUUGAUACCGCACACGAAGCCCUUGCUUUCAUUAAUUUCCGAAAAUCAAUUUAUUUAGUACACGAAAAAGGCCUUUCCCAAGAGAAUGGAGAGGACGUCGUAACAUUUGAGGAGCCAAUAAGGGCAGUCGCCGCAACAGGAUUCAGAAUUGUUGUAGUUUCAGGACAAAAUACAAUUUCCAUCUUAAACGAGUCAUUCAAACGCGAAGAUAAGGUUUUGAGUGGUGAAGUAACAGCCGUUGCAGUCUCUAUGCACUAUUUCGCUGUCUAUUCCUACGAUAAUGACCCAUUAGUCAUGAAUGGGGCCAUUUCACUCUACGAUUUCUCAUUUGAGAAGGUCUGUCAGGACAUAAAGUUCCCAUCAAUCAUCACCUCACUUUCCUUUGGCCAUGCGUUCACUGAAUUGUUCUGUGCAUCCCAAAAUGGAGCAAUUUACAAAUUGCCGGUUUUGCCAACAGGUUUCACUAACGGCGUGUCACUUUUAUACGCAGGAAAAACCGCUGCCCAUCUGACACCUUUCAUUGGCGACGAUAGAUACAAUCUUGUUACAUUUGAUGAUGAAACAUCGCUGUUACUUGUUGAUGACAAUUUAUAUGAUAUCGGUUUGAGCGGUUUUGACACUAUAUCAUUAGUCAUGGCAGAAGACGAGAAACUUGCGAUUGCAGUGAUAGAGAACGGCGACAUGACAGUGAUUCCGUAUGAUACAGACAUAACAAAACAAUUUAAACUGAUUGAAAACACAAAAGAUGUCUGUGACGGUUUUUCUUCAAAAGAAAAAACGGUUUUACUUCACAAAUUACAAAAUCAGUUAAAAGUUACAGUUCUAUCGUCAGAUAAACCGUCACUUUCAUCCGAACCGAUUUCAAUUGAAGAAGGAAGUGAAGCGAAAUCAGUUAUUUGUGAAUCAGACGCAAUUUUAAUUGUUUUCAACAACCAAAUCAAAUAUUUGAAUAUCAAAGGUGAUGUGAUAAAAGUGAUAUCAUUUAUAAUGUUCAGUGAAGAAGUAAUUUGUUGUUCAAUGAAUCAGAAAGGAGAUUCUUUUGUUGUUGCCGAUAAAAACCGUUUGACAAACUACAAAAUUAAAGAAGGAAAAAUUACAAUGUCAAGAGGUUUUUGCCAGCUAUCGUCAAAACCGUCAACCAUGACAUGGAGUGGUGAAUUGAUCUGGGUAUCAUUUGACGAUGGUUCUGUUUUUGUUUUCGUUUAUAAUGAUGUCGCAGAAAGAUUUGAAAUUAUUUCAAAAAGUGAUGGUGUUAAAAAUGUCACUUCACUUUGCACUUUGGAUGAUAUCACCAUGGCAUUUGGAUGCAUGACAGGAGAGAUAUACGUAUUAAGAGUGAAUGAAUCAAGAGCUCUAGGGUUAUGUCAAAAAAGUGAUAUGACAAAACUUGCCAACAUUACAAUUGACACUCCAGUUAUUAGUUUGUGUGUUAUUAACAAAGUUUUGUUUUAUUUGACAACUGGAGGGUUCAUUGGCGCUUUCAGUCCUUACUUUUCAACAACAGAUUUCAUGGUUAUGCAACAAAUGCAACUUUUGAGUAGAAAAUACAUUUCCAGCAAAUUUGGAUUCUGUGUUUUGAACAGAAAAUCUCUUUCUUCUCAGUAUUCUGUGACUGAUAUCACUCUGUUUGAAACAAUUGGAAAACAGGCAACUCUAGAUAAAGAAAUGCUUGAUAACUUAGUGUAUGUUAACGCUCUUCUUGGAAGAGAAAAAUGUAGAUUCAUGUUUUAA